AAAUGUGAAUGGUUUUUCAUUGCGAUUUUACGUUGAGUUUUGAAUAGUUUUUAGUUAUCCAACGACAAUGCCGCGGCGCGACGAGCCCAAUAUGAGCGACACCACGCUCCUGGUGAGCGUGGAAGACCUGAUCAACAUGGCCAUGGGGCCUAGCGAUAAAAAUGUGGUCAACUUCAAGUUGAUUCAAACUGUGCUGCACAUCCUAGCGCGCCAGAUGCGGAUGCUGGAGCAGCGCGUCGAGAUCCGCAUCACCGACGCGAGAGAAUCGUCGCCCAAACGGAAGAUGGACGAGAUCAAGGAGGAACGCAAGAGCAGAUCACCAGAGAAGCGAGUUUCUAAGGAUAGAGCGGCAAAAAGAGAGGUUGAAAAACUCGAGAAAGCAGCUCUUAAGGAGAAAGAAAAGGCAGAGCGCGCCGCUUCCAAGGACCGCGAGCGAGCGGACCGAGCUGUGUCUAAAGAGAGGGAAAAAGCGGAGAAAGCAGCCGCAAAGGAGCGUGAUAAAGCGGACAGAGCUGCUUCGAAAGAAAGGGACAAAGCCGAUAGAGCUGAAUCUAAGGAACGAGAGAAGGCUGAGAAGGCAGCUGCCAAAGAAAAAGAAAAAGCUGAAAGAGCUGCAUCUAAGGAACGGGAUAAAGCUGAUAGAGCCUCAUCUAAAGAGAGAGAUAAGGCUGAUAAGGCUGCUGAAAAGGAAAGAGAAAAAGCUGAAAAAGCAGCCGCCAAGGAAAAAGACAAAGCUGAUAGAGCAUCUUCCAAAGAGCGUGAAAAAGCUGAAAAGGCAGCAGAGAAAGCUGCGGAGAAGGGUGAUAAAACGGCAGCUAAGGAAAAAGAGAAGGCAGAAAAAGCAGCCGCAAAGGAGAAAGAGAAAGCUGACAAGGAAAAAGAGAAGGCGGCGAAAGUAGACACAAAAGAAAAGGAAAAGGCAGAUAAAGCCGCUGCCAAAGAACAGGAAAAAGCGGAUAAGGCGGCCGCCAAGGAAAAGGAAAAGGCAGAAAAGAUGGCGGCUAAAGAAAAAGAGAAGGCCCAGAAGGAGAAAGAGGCAGCGCGACCUAAGUCGACAGAAGUGGAGCGUCGAAAAGAGAAGGUGUUAGUAGUGGAGAAAGGGCCCACCACGCGCGCUGAACGCCGCGAGAACAUCGAGGUGGUGACGCGGUCGCAGUUCGACCUGGUGGCGGCCAUGGUGAAGGAGCUACAGGCGCGCGCCGGCCCGCUGCCGCCGCCCACGCUGCCCAGCAACAAGAAGCUCAAGGACGACCUCGCCAAGGGCAGCGCCUCGCUCACCGACACCAUGAAGGCCAUGCAGGUGACAGCCCGCGUGCGUGCAGCAGAAAAAGCCAUCACGCGCAUGGGCGAGCUGCUGACGGCUCUAGCGGCGGCCGGCGCGCUGCCGCACGACCUCGACCUGGCCGACAUCAAGCUUGAAGUGCCCGAGUCUGAGGCCGAGCUCGCCGCCGCCGCAGCCGCUGCGCCGCAGCGCCCGGAUCUGGUCGACAUCAAGUUCGAGGUGCCCGAGUCAGAGGCUGAGCUCGCCGCGCCCGCUGCUCCGCAGGUGACAGCAUCAGCAGGGAAGGCCAUGAAACACAUGGGAGAGUUCCUGAGUGACAGAGCAGCAGGGAAGGCCAUCACACGCAUCGUCGUGCUUCUGACAGCACGCCUGGAUCUGGUCGACAUCAAGUUCGAGGUGCCCGAGUCAGAGGCCGAGUUCGCCGCGCCCGCCGCUCCGCAGGUCGACAUCAAGUUCGAGGUGCCCGAGUCAGAGGCUGAGCUCGCCGCGCCCGCUGCUCCGCAGCCAGAAAAGUCUAAAACGGCUGCGGCGCCGCCGGCUCUCCCUCGCAAGUCGGUGGCCAUCGACCCGCUGACGAUGCCGUCGCAGCCGGAGAUGAAGCCGGGGCUGUCGGUGGCGGCGGCCACGUCUCGGCCGUCCGUGGCCGCGGCCACGUCUCGCGCGUCCGUAGCCGCGGCCACGUCGCGUGCGUCCAUAGCGGCCGGGCUCGGCAGGCCCUCCACCGUAUCAAAAGCCUCUGUCCUUUCCACUGCGGCUAUGCCGGGCGUCAGUCACCCGGAGAUGGAUGCGGCAAUCCGUGGCCUGAGAGACGACUUGACGAAAACAGUUCAAAACAUGACCACCAAGGCCACCUCUGUCGCCGAGAACGCAGCUUCUUCCGCCAAAUCUGUGGCUGAAAAAUUAGAAGUUGCCACAAAACUGGACAAUAGGAUUUCGACGUUACAUUCCCUUGUGUCUGACUACGCCGAGCAACUCAGCGGGUUCGAUUCUGGUCUAACGACACAGAUGUCAAGCUUCCGUGACCAGAUGACGCAAAUGAGAACUGAACUUGGAGCUGGACUCAAGCAGCUCGAGCAAGUCAACAACAACGCCGAGACCGCAGCGGUGCUGGAGCUGACGGAGCGCUACGAGGGCCUGGUGUCCGAGUUAGACCACACCAUGCACACGCACCGCGCGCUCACCGCCUUCCAGAACCAGCUUGGCGACGAGCUGCAUAGCCUCGUGGAAUGCGUUGAAAUGUUGCGCGAACAGAAAGCAGACCGAGAUGAAGUCUUAGACGGCUUAAGAGAUAAGGCGGACAACUCUCGGCUGGCGGGGCUGCUGACGGUGGCGGAGUUCAGCCUCGCGCGCGUCGAGCUGGAGAAGCGCCUCGACGUCUGCCACGACAAGUUCAAGCGCCAGGAGAACGUCUGGAUGACGGCGCUGAAAGAUCUGACUCGCGUGACGGAGAGCAAAGCGGAGAUCACGCAACUGCUGGCGGCGCGCGAGGCCGCCGAGCUCAUGCUGCUCGAGCUGCAGGACAAGCAGGACAAGCUCGCCGUCAUCCUCGGCGAGCCCAAGGCGGCGAUGCUGACGCGCGCACUAGCCCGCGGCGCAGCUUGCGGCUCGUGCUUGACUCCAGCGCUGAUGGAUCCUAUGGACGCCAGCUACGGUGCGCCGCCGCCGCUGCCCGCGAUGCGUCCGCGGCCUGUAGGAGCCCCCGAAGCUGGGGACGAAGAGCCUUUUGUCACCUCCGAGACCGGGGAUGAGGAGCCCUGCGUGCCCGAGUGGAAGCCGUCCGAGCCGCCUGACACCAGGUACGGGGCUAAGCCCAGCUCUCUUUCUGGAAACGCAGGGCGUGAAUCACUCACAGCUCUCAUGGAUCCUAUGGACGCGAGCUACGGCGCGCCGCCGCCGCUGCCUGCGAUGCGUCCGCGGCCCGUGGGGGCUCCCGAGGCCGGGGACGAGGAGCCGUGCGCGCCCGAGUGGAAGCCGCCCGAGCCGCCUGACACCAGGGAUCACACCUGCCACCGCUGGUGCGGCGGCUCGCACACGCUGCUGUCGGAGGCGGUGACCCGCGAGAAGGCGCCGCCGCUGCAGGUGCCGGGCGCGCCAACCAAACGCUAUGCUGGCUACGGCUCCGAUGGACGGCUGUACAUGUUGGAAGAGGAGCUGCAGCCAUGCCUGGAGUGCAACAAGUUCUCGGAGAACACGCCCGAGGCUGAGCCCGCGCCGACUGACGGCGCCGGCGACCAAGGGCCUCCUCCGCCUCCUACGUAAUGUGCAUUUUGAACGGAUUUUUACUAUUUAUUGAGUUGGUAGAUUG